AUGACCUCCAUCCUUCGAGCCGUGGCUGGCGUGGCCAGGGCUAUUCCUAGGCGCUUUGUCCACCACAAAAUGUCCCCCAAGGAUUACCCCAAGGUCAACGUGGCCGACGUCGACCUCAAUCCUCCCAAAUACGGUUUCCGUAGGGAGAGAAAACCGCUUCUCUCCCAGCUGGUGAAAGACACGCUUUUCCCGGCUGUUGCAAUCAAAGAGUUAUAUAAAAAUGAAGGAAAGCCAGUGCCAAUGAAGUUUAGAGGUAACAACGAUGAAGUUGCUCGCAGAAACUAUGAGAGGUUUCAGGAGGAAGUCGCCAUGGGCCUUCCUCACUUCAAGGUUGGCAAUAAGAAAGUGUACCUUCCCAAGGCCAGAGUCAUUCUUUUGCAUCCGCUUGCAAGACACACGCCGUACCAGGCCCGUUUUCUCGUCCCUCGUAAUUUCAACAAGCUCGACUUAAGGGACUACCUUUGGCAUGUAUAUGGCUUGAGAGCCCUUAACGUCACUGUUCAGCUAACGCCAAGAGUGUGGAAGAGACGUCAGAACGAUUUUGCUCGUCACAGAAGUCGCCAGUUGAAAAUCAUGACCAUCGACAUGGAGGAGCCGUUUGUGUGGCCUAAGUUGCCAGAGAAGGCUCAGGACAUGGGCUACACGAGAAUGAAGGAACAGCUUGAGUACUCCAAGAGAUUGAUGGGCAAAUCAGACGCAGAGAGACCUGUAGAUGCCUUUGACGGUAUCUUCAACAAGACAGAACUUCCCAACACGUUCGUGUCGGCAAAAUCCCAGAAAGUGUUGAAGGAGAAAGUCGAUGCCAUGGUUGCCAAGGAGGAACUGGCCAUUGACAGACGUAAGGUGGCCCAGUUUUUGAAAUUAUAA